AUGCAUGCGCGGCGGUUAGGCCGGGGGAGGGCCUGCGGCGGCGCGAGGCGGCGAUCAAUAGCGGAGCUGACGUCAGCGGUGCGCCGCGCGCCAUUGGCCCGGCCGGCAUUAUUAAGUGAACCACCGGACAGGGUGUCGCGUAGGGCGUCGCGCCGCGGCCACAGCACCGCAGCACGCGGCGGGCCCGCGAACCGCUCGCGGCCGCCGCCGCACGCCAUGGCCGACAUGCCGGACCUGUCGCACCUUACGCCCGAGGAGCGCGCCAUCAUCGAGGGUGUGAUGAUGCGCCAGCGGCAGGAGGAGCAGCGCGAACACGAGAUCAUGAGACGGAAACAAGAUGAAGUUGCUGUCUUGGAGCAGACAAUACGCACGAGGAACGAGAUGCAAAGGGCGGCGGGUGUGGAGUUGGCAGCUACAUGCCACAUCUGCCUGAAGACCAAGUUUGCGGACGGCGUUGGCCAUUCCUGCCACUACUGUCGUGUUAGAUGCUGCGCCCGAUGCGGUGGAAAAGUGACGCUACGUUCUAACAAGGUUAUUUGGGUGUGCAUAUUGUGUCGUAAAAAACAAGAACUACUAUCGAAAACCGGACAAUGGAUACACAAGAGUGCUGGCCAAGAUUCGAUGCUAUGGCAGAUGGAGUCGGACAUGCGGAACCUGGCGCCGCCCGGGGACCCCUCACUGGACAAGCGGCCAAAGCUAGAGCGAGCUCACAGCGCGGCCGAAAAGGAGAACCACCCGCUACUGAGGUCAGGCAGUGCAUUACGCCGCCAGUACAGCCAGCAAGAGGCGCACUGUUACGGGGAACUGGAAGGGUUAGCCCGUACGCAUCCUCACCUCGUGCAUCCAAGGCAAAAGGCCGCGUACGGCGUCGAGGACACCAUCGCACCCCCGCCGGUGGCUCCCGCACAGCUGAUGCCGCAUCCACACUCGCAUCCACCGCUACCUCCCCGCUCCUCGUCCUCGGACGACGAGGCCCCCGAGUGCGGCUCCGACGAGAACGACGAGUACCGUGACCGCGGUAAUAGAGAUAGGAGCAGCUCCGCGAGCUCCAGGAACCAGCGACAAGCGAUAUUAGACGAGAAAAUGAAAAAGUUCUUAUCGGAAGGGUUUGGUUGUGGACGCAGUGCAGAUCAAUCUAUACACCUACGUGAACAAUCUAUCGAAACGGUUCCGGGCGCGUAUUGGCGCUCAACUCGCUUGACGGCCGCGGAUGACGAGGCUUGUUAUGUUUCCGUUGCAAUUGAUGCGAUGUCGUUCAUAGGGCAAGUUGAGGCGUGCGCGUCAUUGCGGCACCCGCAGCUGCGCGGCGCGAGCGUGGCCGCCAACAAUUAUUAUAAUUUGACUAAUCAUUCGUCGGCCGCCUACGCGCCGGAGGCCCGCGUUCUGUUCGAUACGAGGGGCGGCCCGGGCGGCGGGCGCAGCUUCGACUCGGUCACCAACUGUCGCUGGCGCAACCGCGACGACGACAACUCCUACCUGCGGCCGUACGCGCCGGACGAGGGCCCGCGCCCCGACCGCGCCGUAUAUAAGAGCGCCUAUCUGUGGGAGGACUCCUCCGAUAACAGACGCUUCACCGAGAGGAGAAAAAAGACCGUUCGCUUUGACGGCCACGAGGGCGCGGCGACGUUCCCGCGCGGCGGUCGCGACUCCUCCGGCGCGCCGCACGACUGGCCCUGCCUGCGCUGGGAGUCCGAGCGACAGACCAGCCAGGACUCCGCCACCAAAGACUCGGGCAUUGAUACCUCUAGCACUUUCACAUCAAGCGAGGACUCGAAUAGAGGCGAUUGCCCAAAGUUCCCGCUGAGUUGGCAAGUGUCUGUGGACGGUACACGAAUGAUCGGUCAUAUGGUCUUACGUAAGAGCAUCGUGGAGGGAAACUCACAGUCCUCCGGCGCCAUACUUGGCUUGAAGGUGACUGGUGGCAUAAUGCUGGCAGAUGGUACACGAGGUGCGAUAGUUGAGAAGAUCAAGAAAGGGUCCAUAGCUGAUAUUGAAGGACAACUCCGAGUCGGAGAUGAAGUUCUACAAUGGAAUGGAGUGCCCCUCCAAGGCCGAAGCGCGGACGAGGUGGCACUUGUUGUGGCGAAUAGCAAACACGACUCUCAUGUGGAACUGGUAGUUUCGCGCCCACUCGUUGCGGGGCGAACCCCACCACAAGCUUGGAGGACUCACAAAGAGGUGUACACGGAGGUAAUGGGCGGCUGUGAGAAGCCGAGCGUGCUGGUGACGUCACCAGGCUCCCCGGAUCUGCACGCACGACGCCGAUCUGGUCGCCACAACCAAAACGCUAAUGUCGCCGGACGUAUACAGUUGAAGGUGUAUUUCGACAUAACCGCGCUGCAACUGCUGGUGACGGUGGUGUCCGCCAGUGGUUUGUCACCGCGUGCCGACGGCUCCCCUCGGUGUCCUUAUGCCAAGAUAUUCCUGCUCCCGGACAAAAGCGAGAAGAGCAAACGCCGGACGAAAACACUCGCGAACACGCUCGAGCCCCGCUGGAACCAGACCUUCGUGUAUUGCGGCAUCAGAGUAACGGACAUCAAAAAGAGAUCUUUGGAGGUCACCGUGUGGGAUCUCAAUCGUUACGGACCCAACGAUUUCCUGGGAGAAGUUCUCUUAGACCUGGACAGUGUUCUCAUGAACCACGAACCUAGUUGGUAUUUCCUGAAAUCGCACGAGGAAACAGCUUUCAUCCGAUACCGCGAGGAGGAUAUCGAAGGGGAGCACUUGUCCCCACCAUCGACUUCCACUUCGCGACUAUCCGACUCAGACACGCCAAGCGAGUGUGACCUCCGGCGCCACCACUCUCUCUCCAGCCUCGCGUCUAGCUCUAGCCCGCCACCACCACUUGAGAUGGAUGGUACGCGUAGCAGCCGACGAGACAUGUCACCAGCCGGACGAAUGAGGACUACUGGCAUGGCUAAGGAUGGAGGCUACAGUGUGGCGCGCUCGCAGUCGGCGGCCGGCGCGCGCAGUAAGUCGCCGCGCCGCUCGCUCUCGCCGCCCAGCGACCGCGACGCCUCCUGGCGCUACACAGUGUCGGAAGACCGCGGUGGAGAUGCAUCUCGGUUGCCAACUCACGCGUACGCCCCGCGUUUCCAAUCGCGAUCCGCCACCGCCACGCCCACCACCAGCCCAAAGAAACGACAAUUGCCACAGAUACCACAUCAGCAAAGCAACCAGAAGGCGGUGCGCGCGCAGGUGUCUGCGGACCUUGAGGAACGUAAGUGGAUCGCCCCGCAUCACAUUGGCGCCACACUCACCUACCGAAGCACUCCGCAAGGAUGGGAGAGGCAUUAUACGGGUCUAUCGGACUCUGAGCUCGCGGCUCGCGGCGGGGGUGGAUGGGCCCCCAGACGGCGCCUGUCACCAGACGCCGCCGCCGGAGACUCGGACCUGGAGUCUGUGGCCUCGGUCACUUCCAGCGCCUUUAGCACGCAGUCCGAGCGCCCACGGCCCACCCGCAUGAUGAGCCGGAAACGGGCCCUCCCGCUCCGUAGCACUUCGACUUACGAAUGCGCCGAUGUGCCUCGUAGUCAUUACAGCAAUCAAAACUUUGACCGUGUAGUGCCGUACACUUGCAUGACUGUUGCUGCUGCCGACCAUUUGAAUCAGGAUUUCAGUAAGAUGGCUAACUCUAUGUCUGUUGCUCUUUCCACUCCGAAAUUCGACUCACCCCGCCGCGCGCACACACCUGCCGCCUCGCACUUGUCGAACGACGACAUUCACCACAACGUCCAUGAUGCGUCGACGGGUCCGUCUGUCGUGGACAAAACUGACGCCAUCCCACGAACUCGACCGCGGCACAAUGGAAAUGACAAUGAAAACGCGAACGAAAAUCGACGGGCGAAUGAUCAACCAUGUGAAAUACCAAACACGAAAAACAAUAGCAACGAUUACGGAGGGCGCGAGAACGAACGUAAUCACAACCAACAACAACCCUUGGAACGUCAAGAAUCACGUCGGGGACAGUUCACCAGGAGCCUUAGUAACACUGAUGCACCUGAUGAAAAAGCAGAUGGUAGUCUUAGCGACACCGCAAUAGGAGGGGAUAAAGAGACAGAACCUGCCAGCGACGAAGCGUUAUUAAAAGCCGAACCCAGGGAUUACUUCGGACCUGGUAUGGGAAAGAAGAGUAAUUCCACAUCACAAUUAUCUGCUACAGGACGAAAGCGAAGGUUAGGUUUUGGUAAACGGGGGAAAAAUUCGUUUACUGUGCAACGGAGCGAAGAGGUGGUUCCCGGUGAUUUAAGAAGUGGGGUGUCUCGGGCCUCUUCUGCAUCCAGCGAAAACGAUGAUGACAGAUGGUCUCCCGGGAUGCGCGGUUCGGGCUCAGACGGAGGCGGUUUGUCAGAUUUCAUCGAUGGACUAGGACCUGGUCAACUUGUUGGGAGGCAACUUCUAGGAGCCCCAACCCUCGGCGAUGUGCAACUCUCCAUGUGCUAUCAAAAAGGCUUUUUAGAGGUCGAGGUGAUUCGCGCCCGGGGUCUACAGGCGCGGCAAGGGAGCCGCACACUGCCAGCGCCUUACGUUAAAGUUUACCUCGUCAGUGGGAAACGGUGCAUUGCGAAGGCCAAAACUAGCACGGCGCGGCGCACGCUCGAUCCGCUUUACCAGCAAACUCUUACUUUCAGAGAAAACUUUAAGGGGUGCAUUCUUCAAGUUACAGUGUGGGGGGAUUAUGGUCGAAUUGAGGGAAAAAAGGUGUUUAUGGGGGUGGCGCAGAUUAUGUUAGAUGACCUCAAUCUUUCCAACAUUGUCAUUGGCUGGUACAAGCUGUUUGGAACCACUUCUUUG